CUCAGGCACAGCAGCCCAUUCAUCAGAAAAACUAUGAGAUUUACAGGAUAUGUGACUGUAUUAAAAGUGACACUCUAAUGUAAUUUUCCAUGGAGCGACAACACACCUCAAGCUUUGAGUCCUCUUUUAAAUCCAGAGUUCACUUUGCUCUGGGUCUAUAUAGACUGGUAUGUAGGCACAGGGGUCAGGAUUCAGUUUGUGCAGAUUGUAUUCACAUUGAUGUGAAGAGGACUGGUCGUCCUCCAAGGCAAACCAAUGGCUGUCCCUCCUCAACUUAAGAAAGAGUACGUCUGGAGAUCCCCGGCCCCGCUGGAGUCUGGAUCUCCUCCGAUUGAUCAUCCGUUCGUAAUUGAUAGCAUGGAACAUACACUGUGCAGUGAGCCGCCGACGCUUAGCCGGUGUAUGACGCUACCUGGCGCCCUAUUUCGACGGAAAGUCGAUGCGCGCCGCAAAACUGAAUAUGGUAUUGCCGGUGCCAUUAGCAACUCCGCGCUACAAGCAGUUGCAAUAACUGCCACCACGGAGGAACCAGGCGGAGUGGCUGAACUUUUGGAAAAGCGAUGUCCGUCAGGGCAAGUGCUUCACAGUAUGUCGUUAACUCAUUGGGAUUCCCAACGCACUAGCUGUCCACAAACACUGGAGGCCAUGAACAGGAGGCACACCACCCUACGUGAGAAAGGGCGGCGGCAAGCUGUCCGCGGCCCAGCCUACAUGUUUAGUGAGCGUGCCACCAGCCUGACGGUCGAGGAAGAGCGCUUUCUGGACGCCGCCGAGUACGGCAACAUCCCUGUGGUACGCAAGAUGCUCGAGGAGUCCAAGACGCUCAACGUGAAUUGUGUGGAUUACAUGGGUCAGAACGCACUGCAGCUGGCCGUGGGCAACGAGCACCUGGAAGUGACCGAGCUGCUGCUGAAGAAGGAAGGGCUGGCACGCAUUGGAGAUGCCCUCCUGCUGGCGAUCAGCAAAGGCUACGUGCGCAUCGUGGAGGCCAUCUUGGCUCACCCGGCCUUCAAGGGUGGCCUGCGGCUCACACUGAGCCCGCUGGAGCAGGAGCUGCGGGACGACGAGGACUUCUACGCCUACGACGAGGACGGCACGCGCUUCUCACAGGACGUGACGCCCGUUAUUCUGGCGGCACACUGCCAGGAGUACGAGAUCGUGCACACGCUGCUGCUGAAGGGGGCACGCAUUGAGAAACCGCACAACUACUUCUGCAAGUGCGGUGAGUGCGCCGAAAAGCAGCGACGUGACUCCUUCAGCCACUCACGCUCCCGCAUGAAUGCCUACAAGGGCCUGGCCAGCGCCGCCUACCUGUCCCUCUCCAGUGAGGACCCCGUGCUCACCGCCCUGGAACUCAGCAACGAGCUCUCGCAGCUGGCCAACAUUGAAACUGAGUUUAAGAAUGACUACAGGAAGCUCUCCAUGCAGUGUAAGGACUUUGUGGUGGGAGUGCUGGACCGCUGCAGGGACACUGAGGAAGUGGAGGCUAUUCUGAAUGGAGACGUGGACCAGAUCCCGCCCAGCGAACACCACCGGCCUUGCUUGAGCCGGGUCAAGCUCGCCAUCAAGUACGAGGUCAAAAAGUUUGUGGCCCAUCCUAAUUGCCAGCAGCAGCUCCUGACUCUCUGGUAUGAGAACCUGCAGGGUCUCAGGCAGCAGUCCAUAGGGGUGAAGUGCUGGACGGUACUGGGUGUGACUGUGGGGCUUCCUUUCCUCGCCAUUGCGUACUGGAUCAUGCCCUGCAGUAAGAUUGGCCAGAUCCUUCGUAGCCCAUUCAUGAAGUUUGUGGCCCACGCAGUGUCAUUCACCAUUUUCCUCGGCCUGCUUGUGCUCAACGCAUCAGACCGAUUUGACGGGGUCAAAAACCUUCCCAAUGAGACCAUUACUGACCACCCUCGUCAAGUCUUCCGUGUCAAAACAACACAGUUCUCCUGGACAGAGAUGCUUAUCAUGAUGUGGGUUGUUGGAAUGAUCUGGUCAGAGUGCAAGGAGAUUUGGACUGAUGGGCCACGGGAGUACAUCUUGCACAUGUGGAAUGUACUGGACUUCGGCAUGCUGUCCAUUUUCGUAGCAUCUUACACAGCAAGGCUUAUGGCUUUCCUGAGGGCUUCCAAGGCACAGCUAUAUGUGGACCAAUAUGUGUUCAACACAGACUUAAACAACGCCUCCCUGCCAGAGGAUGUGGCCUACUUCACCUAUGCCAGGAUCAAAUGGCUUCCCUCUGAUCCCCAGCUCAUAUCUGAGGGUCUUUACUCCAUUGCUGUGGUUUUAAGCUUCUCAAGAAUAGCCUACAUUCUACCUGCAAAUGAGAGCUUUGGACCACUGCAGAUCUCCUUGGGCCGCACAGUGAAGGACAUAUUUAAGUUCAUGGUAAUAUUCAUCAUGGUCUUCCUGGCCUUCAUGAUCGGCAUGUUCAAUCUGUAUUCAUACUAUCUAGGAGCCAAGUAUAACCCUGCUUUCACCACGGUAGAGGAGAGUUUCAAAACCCUUUUCUGGUCCAUUUUUGGCUUGUCUGAGGUUAUCUCUGUGGUUCUGAAAUACGAUCACAAGUUCAUUGAGAACAUCGGCUAUAUCCUCUAUGGUGUCUACAACGUCACCAUGGUUGUGGUUCUGCUCAACAUGUUGAUAGCAAUGAUCAACCACUCAUACCAGGAAAUUGAGGAGGAUGCAGAUGUGGAAUGGAAGUUUGCUCGUGCCAAGCUGUGGCUGUCUUACUUUGAUGAGGGACGCACAUUGCCACCGCCGUUUAACCUGGUUCCGAGUCCAAAGUCUUUCUACUACUUGGCUUUGCGUACCAGGGCUUGCCUUGUGAGACUAUGCAAGUCCAGGGCAUUUCACCAUGAAAAUCAGCUCGAAAUGGGCAAGAUCAUCUCUGGCUCAAAGUUGAGUCGAUUCAGAGCUCACUAUCGGGCACAAGAUGAGUUCACAAUGCGAAACCCAAUCAAACAUCCAACACGCUAUCAGAAACUGAUGAAGCGGCUUAUUAAGCGAUAUGUCCUGAAGGCUCAAGUCGACAGUGAAAAUGACGAAGUCAACGAAGGUGAGCUGAAGGAGAUUAAGCAGGACAUCUCCAGUCUACGCUAUGAGCUGCUAGAAGAGAAGUCACAGGCCACAGGAGAGCUGGCUGACCUGAUCCAGCAGCUCAGUGACAAGCUCAGCAAAACCAACAAGAAACCAUGAGAGAGAGAGAGAGAGAGAGAGAGAGAAUCUACUGUUUCUAUAAACAAAGCUCAUUUCACAAAAUACUUUUGAUAUGUUUUGAUUAAUUGACCAACGAUUAAUCACUAUCAUUCACUGUUGUUGCCACUGUGUUAUUGGUGUUAUGAACCAGCAGAGAAACAUGAGGUAAGAUGAAUGUGAAGACGUGUUAUAAACUUUUAAACUUCAUAAACUUUUGCGUAAAUGUAAAAACAUGGAAAGAGUUCCACAAAACAAUCCAUUAGCUUGCAGUUAUUGCUGGUACUAUUUUAUCCUCUAGAUUUUGUAUAGGUUCACACAGAUUCAAGUUAUUAAUUGUUGUAUUGGUUCAGUCAAC